AUGCUUCCUAUGAAUACAGUACAAAAAUCUAUUAAUUUGUCAGUCAAAUUAUUAUAUUCUACUCGAAUAGCACCUCAAUCAGAACAAAAAAUUCCUGUUAAUGUUAAUAUUCCAUCAGCAAUUUUAGCAUUUCAUCCAUCAUUUAAAUUUGUUAAAAUUACUUCUAUUUAUACUCCAGAUUCAUUAUUAAACAUCAAAAAUUAUUCCACAUCAUUAACUGUUAUUAAUCCAUCAAAAUUUCCAUCUUUUUUACGUAAAGGAUUCAUUGUUGGAUUUGCAACUUAUAAUCCUUAUGAACAAUUUUAUGUUGAAAAUAAUGCAAAUUUAUCUAUACAACAAGUGCCUGAUCCAUUAUUUAAUCAACUAAAUACAAUUGCUAUACCAUCACAAUUUACAACAUCUCAACAAGAAAUUUUAAGUUUAAUACAACAUCUUACUGAUUCUAAUCAAUAUAAUCAAAUUAAAUUAUUAUUGUUUAAAUUUCAACACACAUUCGACACAAGUCAAUAUAAAACUGCACAAACAAAAAUAUUUCAUGCUAUUGAAACAUAUCCUCAUACACCACCUGUUUCGAAGUGUUAUCCUGGAAAUCCAACAUCAAACUUAGAAAUGCGUUUAAUUGUCAAUAAAUUAUUAGAAGCUGAUCUAGUACGUAAAUCUCAAUCACCUUAUGCAGCUCCAGCAUUAUUAACAAGAAAAAAAGAUCAAACAUGGAGAUUAGUUGUUGAUUACAAAAAGUUAAAUGCAAUUACAAUAAAAGGUAAUCAUCCUCUCCCUAACAUGGAGGUCACACUUCAAACUCUUGGUGGCGGUUAUCAUUAUUUUUCGAAACUCGACUUGAAGUCAGGAUUUUGGCAAUUGCCUAUUGAUGAAAAAGAUCGUCAUAAAACAGCAUUUAUAACUCCAUUUGGUUUGUAUGAAUGGAACGUACUUCCUCAAGGUCUUCGCAAUGCUCCUCCAAGUUUUCAACGCAUUAUGAACAAUGUAUUAUCAUCAUGCAUCGACUUCUGUUUGGUUUAUUUAGAUGAUAUUGUCAUCUUUUCUCGUAAUUAUGACGAACAUUUAAUUCAUUUGGAACAAGUGUUAACUGUUUUACAGGCACAUAAUUUAACAUUAAAUCCACCAAAAUGUCAAUUAGCUAAACAAACAAUUGAAUACUUAGGACAUGUAAUUAAUUCAACAACAAUUACUCCAUUACCGGAUAAAAUAAAAUCAAUUCUUUUAUUACCAGAACCUAAAUCAUUAGCUCAAGCAAAUCGUUUUAUAGGUGCAUUAUCAUGGUACAGAAAAUUUAUUCCAAACUUUGCAAGUAUUGCAGCACCUAUUCAUGCCGUGACCAAUCUUUCGAAAUCACAUCGAUAUAAAUUUAAAUGGGGACCUGAACAAUCAAAAUCUUUUACUGAUUUAAAACAAUUAUUAACAUCAUCUCCACUUCUUUUAAAUUUUCCUGAUGAUACACAACCUGUAUUAUUAUCAACUGAUGCAUCUAAUGUGGGACUAGGUGGUGUUCUUUACCAAGAGAUUAAUAAUGUUAAAACAAUACUUUAUUAUCAUUCCGAAUUAUUAUCAUCAUCACAAAAACGUUAUCAUCCUAUUGAACUUGAAGCACUAGCAAUAUUUAAAUGUAUUAAUCGAAUGAAAUCUUUUUUACUUGGUCGAGAUAUAAUUAUUUACACUGAUAAUUGUCCUAUUUGUCAUAUGAUGGACAAAAAAAUUGCUAAUAAACGUGUUGAAAAAAUAUCAUUAUUACUUCAAGAAUUUAAUAUUCAACAAAUUAUACAUGUCAAAGGAAAAUAUAAUUGUCUACCUGAUUAUCUUUCACGACAUCCUAUCUCAUAUGAUGAUGAAUUGUUUGAUUCUGAUUAUGGGUUAGGGUUCACGGGAGAUAAAUCUUCUUCUAUUCAAUUACUUGGUGCAGUUGUUACACGAUCAAAAUAUAAAGCAACAUCAACUAAUAUUACCUCUUCAUCUUCACCACAACAGCCACAAACUUCUUCAGAUGCUUCAUCGUUUUCUUCAACUGUUUCUAAUCAUUCAAAUUAUCUUGUUCAACAUUUCGAUAUUACAGAAUUAAAAGAACAUCAAAAUAAUGAUAUUCAAAUUCAAAAAAUUAUUAAUAAUUUAAAACGAAAUCCAAAUAUUUCUUUUGAUCUUAAAGAUGGAAUUUUAUAUAAAUUACAAUCUAAUUAUCAUGAAAAAACAAAACGAACAUUAAUUUAUAUUCCAUCUUCCAUGAUAACAUCAUUACUUGUUUCUUAUCAUGAUAAUCCUUUAAUUGGUGGUCAUUUUGCGGUUAGAAGAACAUUAAAUAAAAUCCAACAACAAUUUUGGUGGCCAAAUAUGAAGCAAUCUGUUAUUGAUCAUAUCAAAUCCUGUGUUGUUUGUCAAGCUUAUAAUGUUAGUCGAGAAAAACGUCCAGGAUUUCUUCAUCCAGUUCCACCUCCUGAUGGUCCUAAUCAAUUAAUUGGAAUGGAUUUUUGUGGUCCAUUUCCAACAACACCACAAGAUAAUAAAUAUGUUUUAUGUCUCACAGACUAUUUUACAAAGUUUGUAACUGCUAUACCAUUACCAGUAUGUUCUGCUUAA